AUGAGGCAUUUAUCAGAACUUUGGAAAGUAUCUUUGAUAUUGGGUCCGAUAUUCACUAUUCUUUUUGGUACAUCGAUUAGCUCUUUAUUUUUGGGUUAUACAAAAUACAAUCAAUGUCCAUUUCAACCAUUUCUUCCUCAAGGUCUUGUUGGUUUUGGACUCAUAGGUUCAUUAUCAAGCAUUACUGCUCUUAUUCUCAUAGUGGUGUCGUUCUUCAAAGUGGAUGAUUCUGGUGCUCAUUUAUGGUAUCUGGUUUAUGCGAUCAUAAUGGUUGCCAUAUAUAGCGCUAGCGCAUUUAUUUGGACAUCUAUUAUUGUGUUAUUACUUCGUGCUGAAUACUCUAAUUAUCAAUCAGAAAAUUCGACAGAUCUUAAGUCAUUCUGUCAUGCAUCAAUUGAUAACUUUUGCAAUGUUUUUGCAACAACAGUCGGUGCAUUAGCGUUGAUUUUUUUCAUCUGGUUUAUUCGAUGUCUCGGUCUUAAACUUUGGAAAUUUUUUGGUAAAACAUUAUCAGUACAAGAAAGACGAUGA